GAGUAAAAGGGACAAAAACACUUGCAAAAACAAAAGGGGAGGAAAAACCUACAUUUAUUCUUGUACAAGUUUUCACAUACACCAUGUACAAAGAAGAACCAAACUUGAGAUCAAAGCAAUCCUAUUUUUUUAUUCUUAUAUGUUUCCUGUGCAACCAACCCUCUUUCUGAUUGUUAAUCUCAUUCUCUAUUUAGAUUUUUGGGCAUCUCUUUCUCACUUUGUCGUUAAGUGCAAGCACAGAGGUUGGGGAAACCACUGCAAUAUUAUUCACGACUCAUGCAAAAGUGAGGGAGAAUUUAAUUCCUUCCCACCACUCCUUCAUAGUGGCAUGAGGCUGCAAGCUUUAGGAGAGACAAGUUUUCCUUUUUCUCCCUUUUUUUUAAUUAUUACUACUUUCAAUCCCUCUCUUAACUAAAACGUUUCACACACUCUCUCCCUCUCUCUCCUUUAGUUUCUGUUCCUUUUUGUUUUAUAGCAACAGAAGAGAGCGAAACCAAAGAACAAAAAGAGGGUGUCCAUAAAUGGAAUGAGUGACGAAAACAAGAGAAAAGCAAGAAAAUGACUCAGUGCAGUGACCCUAACAUCAUAGUGGAGGGACGAAAGGAUAGCUUAAUUAGAACUUGUCCUACAUGUGGUCAUCAUAUCAAAUGCCAAGAACAGGGAGGUGGAAUUCAUGACUUACCAGGACUUCCUGCUGGUGUGAAGUUUGAUCCUACAGAUCAAGAGAUUCUUGAACAUUUGGAAGCGAAGGUUCGAUCUGAUAUUCAUAAGCUUCAUCCUCUCAUUGAUGAGUUUAUUCCCACUCUUGAAGGCGAGAAUGGAAUCUGCUAUACUCACCCAGAGAAAUUGCCAGGAGUUAGCAAAGAUGGUCUGAUCCGGCAUUUCUUUCACAGGCCUUCAAAGGCAUACACCACAGGAACAAGGAAGAGGAGAAAGGUGCAUUCAGAUGAAGAUGGCAGUGAGACACGUUGGCACAAAACAGGUAAAACAAGGCCAGUCUACAACAGUGCCAAGUUGAAAGGGUACAAGAAAAUCCUUGUACUUUACACAAACUAUGGAAAACAAAGAAAGCCAGAGAAGACAAACUGGGUGAUGCACCAAUACCACCUUGGCAGUGAUGAAGAGGAAAAAGAAGGGGAGUUAGUGGUGUCUAAAGUUUUCUACCAAACACAGCCUAGACAGUGCAGUUCCCUCAUGAAAGACUCAUCAGUUCCUGAGAAAAACAUGAAGGGUCAAAGUGUGCAUGAGGUGAUCAAUAGCAGAAACAAAAACAACGGCUUUGUUGAGUAUUACCAUUCAAAUUUCAUCUCAUUUGAUCAAAGUGCUCAACACAGACCAACCACUGCUCAAGUAAUUUCCCAUUUUCCUGUUCAUGAAGGUGCUUCUUUCAACAUUCCUUGAACGAAGCAAUGAACAGUUAUUAUAAGGUGAAACUAUAUUAAAUAUAUAUACAUUGAAUUCAUAAUGCUGAGGCAUUUCAAUUAUAUAUUAUGAAAAAAAUGAAAUAAGUUAAUUAACCUGCUGUAGUUAGGAGGGGGAAAGGUGGGAAGAAUAAGGAGAGAAAUUGCUUCAUUGAAAACUAAUGCAUAGAUACUCAUAUUAUGCAGAAAGAGAAUGGGAAGUAAAGAAGAAGAUUUAGGUGUAACACUUUUUUAUUUUCUCUUUUCUUCCCUCUCUGUAUGUAUUUUUUAGGCUACUUAGCUUCUACAUAUCAUGCUUUGUACAGUAGAUUGAACGGCAUCAUGCCCUUUCUUGUGUACUUCACCUCUUCAACUACAGAAUCUGUUUCUAUGCCUUUUUCCAUCAAACUUUUAAUUGAUUGAAAACUUAAUCA